AGCCACGGCUGCGUUUUGUUCCUGCAUAGGUAACCUUGGGAGACCUUGGUCCUCAGAUUCUCCAUCCGCCCACUCAAUGAUCAACUGGUGGUCCACUUACAUACGUUAGUUAAGCUUCCAUCCCACAUCCUACCUCUCAUGUAUAGCAAGUUCCCCAAAUUCACCUUCCUUCUCAGACAACGAUAACGGCAAUAACUGCGGGCAUAUGUUUGUGGGGUGGUCACAUCCAUUUUCCAAUAUGCUUCUUGUGUCUCCUCAUCAAUCGUCUUAUUGAAGUUUACGAUUUCGGGGUCCUGCUGUCAUACCUGCUGUUGUCAACGCUUGGUCUCUUAGGUUCACCAACUCAUUGCCCACAUUGUGGACUUGGCAGUACCCACAAGACAUAUUAUCUUCCCAGUGCCGGCAUUCCAACCCCCUCUUCAACGGAUAUUCUCAACUUGGUCUGGACAGCGCAUGCUCAUGGGUCAUACCGAGAUAAAUGUUCGCUCUUCUGUGUCUCCUCUUCGUUUCCCCUCGUGAUGGGGAGGUACAUAGGCCAACGUUGAGGCCCGUCUUAGGUCAGGUUGCAUGCAGACUUAUAAGACGAUACGACACUUGCUGGUGCAUUUGUCCAGAAGGAGGUCGGGACAUUGGAUUCUUAAUUUACUCUUCCGGUGUUUCUCUGAGCCUUAUGGGUGCGAGGUUGUGGAUAUGUCUUGUUCUCCAAGAUGCUACCGUAGCUCUCCCGCAGUCACGGCAUGUGCAUCGACAUCAUGCACGAGGUUACAAUGCUCGUGCUGACCUCGAUGGUCAAGCUUGCCCGGUUGGAGACAGAUACUACAACCACCUUGAUUAACAAACUUCCAGAUCUAACUCUCUCCCAUGUCUGAAGUCGAGCCCCCUCCAUGGCCGUCAAACCAUAGCAACUCUAUGUUCACCUGUCCUCGUCACAUUCUGGUUCAGGCCACCUAGGUUGGAGCAGUGCUGCACACAAGCCAAGUCGUAUACAAGUCAAGCCAAGUCAGCUUGUUGGGAGGCAAGUCAAGUCGCCCGAAAGCCUGUUCAAGUUAAUUCAAGUCCAGAAGCUGACUUGAC